UCUGCAUCCCAGCUGCAUCACCCUGCAACCUCCCCACGCAGUGUGGAAAGACACCAAACUUUUCUGAUGGCUACUAUGGAAGUAGCAGUCGAAUGGAAGGGAACAUCAAAACAUGGGCAUUACGCACGUGGCCGGUUCCAGUAGGUCCAUCAUAAGGUGAUUAGUGCACUGGCAGUCUAGAAGUGACUUUGGACCGCCAAACUGUGGAUUGCACACGCACUCCUCUGUCUGUGUUUCCUGGAGUUUUGGUCCCCGCAUGAAGCGCAAUUUGACCUAAAAAAAAAAAAAAAAAAAAAAAAAAGAAGACAUGGAUUUUUCACCAAGGGUUUGUCUGUUGCUUUUUCUGAAAACCCAACAAUUUCACUCUGGAAAUUAUGCUUUAAAUCUCAGAGUUUCAGCGGUGUAAGUCAUUUCUAGUACAGAAGAAUCAGGAUGAAAAGAUGGCAGCCAUGCUGUUACCAACGGGUCCUGAUGGCUUGCGGCUGUUUACUCGUGAAUCCUUGGCUGCCUUGGAGCAGCGGAUUGCAGAGGAGCAGGCCAAGAAUGCCAAGGUUUACAGGGAGGCCCACAAGAACGUGGAGUCAUCCAAACCCAGGGUGGACCUGGAGGCGGGCAAGCAGCUGCCACGCAUCUUCGGGGACAUCCCUUCAGAACUUGUUGGGGUACCACUGGAAGACAUUGAUCCAUUUUACUUCAAGAACAAGAGAACUUUUAUAGUACUUAACAAAGGGAAGGCUAUCUUCAGAUUCAGUGCCACAUCUGCUCUUUACAUAUUCAGCCCAUUCCACUUCAUCAGGUCGAUCGCCAUCAAAGUUUUAGUCCAUUCAUUGUUCAGCCUGUUCAUAAUGUUCACCAUUCUCACCAACUGUUUCUUCAUGGCUAUGUCUGAUCCAGCACCUUGGACCAAACACCUAGAAUACACCUUCACUGCCAUUUACACUUUUGAGUCAGCAAUAAAGAUAUUCGCUCGUGGAUUCUGUGUAGUUCCUUUUACCUUUUUGAGGGACCCGUGGAACUGGUUGGACUUCAGUGUCAUCGUCAUGGCUUAUGUAACAGAAUUUAUAGACCUUGGCAAUGUAUCUGCACUAAGAACCUUCAGAGUGCUACGAGCCCUAAAAACCAUCUCAGUUAUACCCGGUCUGAAGACCAUCGUAGGAGCUCUGAUCCAGUCUGUGAAAAAGCUAGCAGAUGUGAUGAUCCUGACCGUCUUUUGUCUCAGUGUGUUUGCCCUCAUUGGCCUGCAGCUUUUCAUGGGGAUUUUGCGACAAAAGUGUAUUCGCAGCGUCACACACUGCGUCAACUCCACCUACAGUCCGAAUACAUCUUUCAUCUGCAACAACAGAACCUGGAAUUCCAGGGAAGACUUUCUGACCAGCGAAGAUAAUUUUUACAAAGUUGAAGGAGCAAAGGAUGCUUUGAUAUGUGGAUAUGGCAGUGAUGCAGGGAAGUGUCCAGAAGGAUUUGACUGCCUAAAGGUUGGAAGAAAUCCAAACUAUGGCUACACCAGCUUUGAUACUUUCGGCUGGGCUUUUCUGGCACUUUUCCGUCUCAUGACCCAAGACUACUGGGAAAAACUAUUUCACCAGACUCUUCGCUCAGCUGGAAAGACCUACAUGGUGUUCUUUGUACUGGUUAUCUUCCUGGGCUCGUUCUACCUGGUCAAUCUGAUCCUGGCCGUUGUCGCCAUGGCCUAUGAGGAGCAGAAUCAGGCGACCAUUGCUGAGGCCUGGCAGAAGGAGAGGGAGUUUCAAAUGGCCAUGGAGCAUCUCCGUCGGGAGCAAAGACUGGCAGCAAAAAGGCAAGUACAGGAUACCGACUCCAUCUUGUCCCCGGAGUUGUCUCCAUUCUGUGCCAAGUUAGGAAGUAUGAGGCGAUGCAGCACGAAAAGGAGGCGAUCUCACAGGACCUUAUCGGAAGAAACUGCCGAGGAAGCUGAAGACAAGCUUGACCCACUAGAUGAGCCAAAGCCUCCUUUGUCUCCCCUGCCAGCCCACCCCCUUCUGGCCACACUCUCCUCUCACCCCCUCAGCACCAGGCGAGGAAGCCAGAUCAGCAUCUUCAGCUCAUUCCGGGUGCGCAACAACUCAGAGGCUGACUUCGGGGAUGACGAGUUCAGCAUCCACGGGGACGCUUUCAGAAGCCGGACCAGUUCAACUGCAACACACUGGAAGAGGAGGACAGGCAGUGUGAGGAGCCACUGCUCCCAAGUCUUCAUCCCCAGUCUCACAGUAAACGGACGGCUCAACGUUUCGCUUGACCACAAUGGAGUCGCGACAGUGGGGCCACAGACCCUUAGCUCCCUGCCCGCUUACAGCAUGGAGAGGAUCAAGGAGGACACAAAGCCCACCAGUGAACGGGACAAUGUCCAAAGGCCUCUACUUCAGCCAUCCCCCACAGUGACCGAACAUCCUCCUGUGCCCAGAAAAAGAGGACUAAGCUCUGUCAGCUUUUUCAGUGAUGCCAUGGAUGAGCUAGAGGAGUCCAGACAAAAGUGCCACCCGUGUUGGUAUACCUUUGCCAAGAAGUACCUGAUAUGGGACUGUUGCACCUGGUGGCUGAAACUGAAGGAGUGGGUGAAGUUGAUGGUGAUGGAUCCUUUCCUUGACCUUGGUAUCACCAUAUGUAUUGUGUUGAACACCCUCUUCAUGGCCCUGGAACACUACCCCAUGACUGAGGAGUUCAACACCAUGCUCUCCGUGGGAAAUUUGGUGUUCACAGGGAUCUUCACUGCAGAGAUGGUCCUGAAGCUGAUCGCCAUGGACCCUUACUAUUACUUCCAACAGGGCUGGAACAUUUUUGACGGCAUCAUUGUUUGCCUAAGUCUGAUGGAGCUGGGACUCUCCAAUGUUGAGGGGCUAUCUGUUCUUCGCUCCUUCAGACUGUUACGUGUCUUCAAACUGGCAAAGUCUUGGCCCACCCUCAACACUCUAAUAAAAAUCAUUGGCAACUCAGUCGGCGCUCUGGGAAACCUAACACUGGUGUUGGCCAUCAUCGUCUUCAUCUUCGCUGUAGUGGGCAUGCAGCUGUUUGGCAAGAACUACCAGGACUGUGUGUGCAAGAUCUCUCAUGACUGUCAGCUUCCUCGCUGGCACAUGAAGGACUUCUUUCACUCCUUCCUGAUUGUGUUCAGGGUGCUGUGUGGCGAGUGGAUUGAGACCAUGUGGGAUUGUAUGGAAGUAGCUGGGCAACCUCUCUGCAUCCUGGUGUUCAUGCUGGUCAUGGUCAUUGGGAACUUGGUGGUACUGAAUCUCUUCCUCGCCUUGCUACUCAGCUCUUUCAGCUCUGACAACCUCUCAGCUCCGGAUGAGGAUGGCGAUUUGAAUAACAUCCAAAUUGCCAUCGCUCGCAUCAACUCUGGUCUCUCUUGGCUUGCCACAAGCAUCGUCCACCUUUUCAACCACACUUUGAAAUGCAGACGCAAGAAAGCCAAAGAGACUUCUAAGGCGGUCAAGCUCGUGGCCAAUCAUCUGGAAAGCAACGGUGGAAUUUAUGGACGCUAUGGAGAGAAAUACAUCAUACCAGAGGAGGACAGCUACAUGACUAACCCAAACCUGACAGUUAUUGUUCCAAUCGCACCUGGAGAAUCUGAUGUGGAAUUUAUGGAGGAGGACGAUGUAUCAGAGUCAUCGGAGGAUGAAGACAACAAAGAAAAGAUAAGCCUUUCAGAAGGCAGCACAGUGGAUCUGAGGAAGCCUGGUGAGGAGCUGGACAAUUUGUCGGAUCUGGCUGAGGAGUGCAUGGAGCCAGAGGAAUGCUUCCCAGAAAUGUGCGUGAAGCACUGCCAGUGCUGUGAUAUCGACAUUAGCCAAGGUCUGGGCCAGGCCUGGUGGAGACUGAGAAAGACCUGCUACCAGAUUGUGGAACACAGCUGGUUUGAAACCUUCAUCAUUUUCAUGAUCCUACUCAGCAGUGGCGCUCUGGCAUUCGAGGAUAUCUACAUUGAGAAGAGAAAAGUCAUAAAAGUGAUGUUGGAGUAUUCAGACAAGGUCUUCUCCUACAUCUUUGUGCUGGAGAUGUUCCUUAAAUGGAUUGCAUAUGGCUUCAAGAAGUAUUUCACCAACUACUGGUGCUGGCUCGACUUUCUCAUUGUGGAUAUUGCUACAGACCGCUCUAUUGUUAGGGUAUCCCUAAUAAGCCUGGUGGCAAACUCACUGGGUUAUUCCGACUUUGCUGCAAUCAAAUCGCUGAGGACCCUCCGGGCUUUGCGGCCUCUCAGAGCUCUAUCCAGAUUUGAGGGCAUGCGGGUGGUAGUGAAUGCUCUGAUUGGAGCCAUCCCCUCCAUCAUGAAUGUGCUGCUGGUGUGCCUCAUCUUCUGGCUUAUCUUCAGCAUCAUGGGAGUCAACCUGUUUGCGGGAAAGUUCGGAAAGUGUGUGAACAGAACAGGCUUCAUCCACAGUUUCAUAAUAGUCAACAAUAAAUCAGACUGUCUGGCCAUGAAUGACACUCAGUACUACUGGACAAAAGUGAAGGUCAACUUUGACAACGUGGGUCUGGGCUACCUUUCCCUUCUACAAGUGGCAACGUUUAAAGGUUGGAUGGAAAUAAUGCAUGCAGCUGUUGAUUCGAGAGGAGUGGAGGAGCAACCCAUCAGAGAAAUCAACAUCUACAUGUACCUUUACUUUGUUGUCUUCAUCAUAUUUGGCUCCUUCUUCACCCUCAACCUCUUCAUCGGCGUCAUUAUUGAUAAUUUCAAUCAGCAGAAAAGAAAGUUAGGUGGACAGGACAUUUUCAUGACAGAGGAACAGAAGAAAUACUACAAUGCUAUGAAGAAGUUAGGGAGUAAAAAGCCACAAAAGCCAAUACCAAGACCAGCGAACAUUCUCCAAGCGUUCUUCUUCGAUCUGGUGUCCAAGCAAGCCUUUGACAUCAUGAUCAUGAUGCUGAUCAUCGUCAACAUGCUAACAAUGAUGGUGGAGACGGACGAGCAGUCAGACCGCAUGGAGUCCAUUCUUAACAAGAUUAAUUUGGUCUUCAUUGUCAUCUUUACAACGGAAUGCCUGAUUAAGAUCGUUGCCCUCCGUUGUUAUUUCUUCACAGUCGCAUGGAACAUCUUUGAUUUUGUGGUGAUUAUUCUCUCCAUUGUAGGGAUUGUUCUCGCUGACAUCAUUGAAAAGUAUUUUGUAUCUCCGACCCUGUUUCGAGUCAUCCGCCUGGCAAGGAUAGGACGUGUACUUCGACUUAUACGUGCAGCCAAAGGAAUACGGACUUUACUGUUUGCCUUAAUGAUGUCCAUGCCGGCGCUGUUUAACAUUGGCCUCCUGCUUUUCCUUGUCAUGUUUAUCUACGCUAUCUUUGGCAUGGCAAACUUUGCCUAUGUGAAAAAACAAGACGGAAUCGAUGACAUGUUUAACUUCGAGACCUUUGGGAAUAGUAUGAUCUGCCUUUUCCAGAUCAGUACCUCGGCCGGCUGGGACAACCUUCUGAGCCCAAUAAUGUCCAGCUCCCCAGAUGAGUGCAAUGUUAAUUUUGUCAAUACUGGCACAAAUACUCGAGGUAACUGUGGCAGCCCCUCAGUGGGGAUAGCGUUCUUUGUAAGCUACAUCAUUAUCUCUUUCCUCAUUGUUGUCAAUAUGUACAUUGCGAUCAUUCUGGAGAACUUCAGCGUCGCCACAGAGGAGAGUACAGAUCCUCUGAGCGAAGAUGACUUUGAGAUGUUUUACGAGGUUUGGGAGAAGUUUGAUUCAGAGGCCACACAGUUCAUCGAGUUCUCCAUGCUGUCGAGUUUUGCCGACACUCUGUCGGAGCCGCUGCGCAUCGCCAAGCCCAACAAGAUCAAAUUGAUCUCUAUGGACCUCCCCAUGGUCAGUGGCGAUAGAAUCCACUGCCUGGAUAUCUUGUUUGCCUUCACAAAGCGGGUCCUGGGAGAGUCGGGGGAGAUGGAUGCCCUCAAACAGCAAAUGGAGGAGAAGUUCAUGAUGACCAACCCCUCCAAGAUUUCUCACGAGCCCAUCACUUCCACACUGAGACACAAACUGGAGGGGGUGUCGGCCAUCAUCAUUCAGAGGUGUUACAGGAGGCAUCUGGUGCGCCGGCAGAUGAAGCAGGCCUCUUACCUUUACCGACAAAUCAACUAUGAGACUGCAGUCGAUGUGGAAAAUGCUCCAGAGACAGAGGGGCUCAUAGCAACUAUGAUCCAUCACUAUGGGCCUGUGGGAGGGGAGUUUCCAGAGACAACAGAGGGCUCUCUAAUGUCCUCACCACCUUCUUAUGACAGCGUGACCAGGGCAGCCAGUGACCUCUCGGAUGUCAUCGGAUUAUUAGCCAGAGACUCUGAACUUGGGGAGCCUCAUGAAAAGUAUGAGGAAACUUUUCUUUGAGAUCAGGUUGUGUGGGGCAGGUUUGAUUUUCUCCGCAAAGAAAUAUGCUUCAAGCAAAUCUUGGUCAAAUAGAUUUGCCUAUUUUAAUCUGAAUCAUACAAACAAAUUCAUACAAACACAAAUACAAAUUCCACUUAUUUUUAAUGGAAAAUUAUUUAUUUAUUGCAAAUAUAUCUUUGUACAUCUAUUUAUGGCAGCGACAUAUAGUGACAGGCAGAACAAUUGAAUGCUCUUCCGUUCAGUGGGAGAAAGUAAAAUAGACAUUCAUACAACAGAAUAAGUCAUGGCUUCUAUAUCAGCUUUGUAUUCAUUUAAACAGGCCCACAUUUCACACUGGGUAGUUAAUGUUUGAAGUGAAAUGAGAAAAGAUCAUCAUUUCAGUAUUAAUACUGUUUGUGACAUUUUUGUUUGGUGCCGUGAGAUUGUUGCAAUGUAAAAUGGGUGCCUUGGCUCAAUAACGGUUGGGAAACACUGAUGUAGAAGAUAUGCAUCAUACUCAGAGGUCAUUAGGUAAAUACUGUCAUCAAAAUAUUACAAACACCUCUAUGCAGUGCAUUUUGAGAGUCAGAACAAUCAUUUGAUUCCAUUAGCAGGUGUGCCUACUGUUGUGGUUACUGAGUGUAUGAUACCAGAAAAGAAGCAAUGGCUUACCUCUUAUAAUACAACCCCAAUUCCAAUGAAGUUGGGACCUUGUGUUAAACAUAAGUAAAACAGAAUACAAUGUUUUGCAAAUCAUGUUCAGCCGAUAUUUAAUUGAAUACACUACAAAGACAAGAUAUUGAAUGUUCAAACUGAUCAACUUUAUUGUUUUUAGCAAAUAAUCAUUAACUUAGAAUUUUAUGGCUGUAACACGUUCCAAAAAAGCUGGGACAGGUGGCAAAAAAGACUGAGAAAGUUGAGGAAUGCUCAUCAAACACGUGUUUGGAAAAUCCCACAGGUAAACAGGCUAAUUGGGAACAGGUUCGUGCCAUGAUUGGGUAGAAAAGGAGCUUCCCUGAAUUGCUCAGUCAUUCACAAGCAAAGAUGGGGCGAGGUUCACCUCUUUGUGACCAAGUGCGUGAGAAAAUAGUCGAACAGUUUAAGGACAAUGUUCCUCAACGUACAUUUGCAAGGAAUUUAGGGAUUUCAUCCUGUACGGUCCAUAAUAUCAUCAAAAGGUUCAGAGACUCUGGAGAAAUCACUGCAUGUCAGCGGCAAGGCCGAAAACCAACAUUGAAUGCCCGUGAGCUUCGAUCCCUCAGGCGGCACUGCAUCAAAAACCGACAUCAAUGUGUAAAGGAUAUCACCACAUGGGCUCAGGAACACUUCAGAAAACCAAUGUCAGUAAAUACAGUUCGACGCUACAUCCGUAAGUGCAACCUGAAACUCUACUAUGCAAAGCAAAAUCCAUUCAUCAACAACACCCAGAAACGCCACCAGCAUCUCUGGGCCCGAGCUCAUCUAAGAUGGACUGAUGAAAAGUAGAAAAGCGUUCUACUUUGUUUUUGGAAAUUGUGGACGUCGUGUCCUCCGGGCCAAAGACGAAAAUAACCAUCCGGACUGUUAUGGACGCAAAGUUCAAAAGCCAGCAUCUGUAUGGGGCUGUGUUAGUGCCAAUGGCAUGGGUAAGUUACACAUCUGUGAAGGCACCAUUAAUGCUGAAAGGUACACACAGGUUUUGGAGAAACAUAUGCUGCCAUCCAAGCAAUGUCUUUUUCAUGGACGCCACCUGCUUAUUUCAGCAAGACAAUGCCAAACCACAUUAUGCACAUGUUACAACAGCGUGGCUUCGUAGUAAAAGAGUGUGGGUACUAGACUGGCCAGCCUGUAGUCCAGACCUGUCUCCCAUUGAAAAUGUGUGGCGCAUUAUGACGCAUAAAAUACGUCAACGGAGACCCUGCACUGUUGAACCGCUGACGCUGUACAUCAACAAAGAAUGGGAAAGAAUUCCACCUACAAGCUUCAACAAUUAGUGUCCUCAGUUUCCCAAACGUUUAUUGAAUGUUGUUAAAAGAAAAAGUGAUGUAACACGGUGGUAAACAUGACCCUGUCCCAGCUUUUUGGGAAGGUGUUGCAGCCAUAAAAUUCUAAAUUAAUUAAAAUUUGCUAAAAACAAUCACGUUUAUCAGUUUGAUCAUUAAAUAUAUUGUCUUGGUAGUGUAUUCAAUGAAACAUAGGUUGAAUGUGAUUUGCAAAUCAUUGUAUUCUAUUUUUAUUUAUGUUUAACACAACGUCCCAACUUCAUUAGAACUGGGGUUGUACAUGUUUUUGGAAAUGUGGGGGCAAGCACAGGGAGAACACAGCCCUCAGUCAACUGCUAGGCUUAAUACUGCCCACUAUACUGGAUGAAAUCCCAAGGGAAUCGAUUUAAAAUUGAUUCAGCCAACGGCUAACUCAGAAAUCUAAGGAAAUGGUAUUAAUAACAAUUUUGUGACCCAAAGUAAUUUUAGUUUCUCUCGCGAUGCACAUCAUGAGGUCAGUUUGUGCGCCCAAUACAAAAAAGAGCUGCGUGUAAUAAUUACUAAAUCAUGUGCCUGAUUUUGACUGUUGUCCGCACACUUCUCUGAAUCUCUUUAUACCAUUUCAUUUGACGCUUGGAAGCAGGUGGAGAAGCACGGAUGCAUUAAGAGCUAAUUUUGUAAUAUUAAUGAUGUAAAAAAAACAAAACAAAACAAAAAAACAUGGCAGUUGUACAUAUAAGAGACAUUUUUAAACAUUUUGUAAUUAUAUUUAUAUGUACAGUAUAUAUAAUGAAAUAUUACUUAAGUGACAUGCAUGACAACCACACAAUAUUCGAUUAAAUUAUAUAAACACAUAACGUGCUCAUUUUGAUACAAAACAUUUUCCUUAAGAACCUGCUCGUCUGUAUUACAUUUAGAUUGUCUUUACUAAAUGUAAUAACACAUAUCUUCCAUAUUUCUGGGUUUUCCAAAUGUCACCGCGGCGAAAGCAGCAGAGUGACAAAGGUUUUUGUUAACGCUGACAUUUAGGAAUAUUAAUCAAGCGAGGUUAAUUGCUUGGCUUUGUCAAGCGCUUAUUUCCGCCGUAUACAUUUUCUUCCUCUGCAUUUGCUUUUCUUGGGGAUGAUUUGCCCAUGAGGAACCAGUUAUCUUAUUUGACCUCAUUACAAAUCUCUCUCUGAGAGGGGGAAAACAAGACAGAUGUGCACGAGUCUGCUGAAUCAGCACAGCUUUCUGUCCUUGUGAGUGUGUUGCCCUUUCAAGCUUGAAUUUGUUUUUAAUACCUCAGUAAACGCAGUACGAUCGCCUCUCGACACUGUUUGCCGGAAUAUUCUGGGAAAAUUAGGGAUCGGAUUGAAUCGAAACAUUUAUAAUUCACCCGUGUUUAAAAGCUAAAACAUCCACUUAAGAUUUUAAAAUACUAAUAAUUGUACUGUGAAAUUCUUUGCAAGGUCAUUGCUUGGCAUAUGUCCAAGUGCUUAUUUGAAAGCUUUACGUGUCAUUGUCGUACUUUGCAUUACUGUACAUAGAAUAUGUUUAAUUUAUGUCUUCAUCAUAUGAUUACAUCUUCAAGACAUCUGUGAAACCACAUCACGUGAGAGUUUUUUUUUAUUUAUUUUUUUUUUAAUAAUAAUAAAUCUGAAUUGUGCUCCCACAUUUUUGGUUUGGGGAAAAAUCAUCAAGGGUGCCAAUUUGGAUUUAGACCCAAAGAGAUUUCCUCUCUGUGGUUGUCGGGGUGGUCAAAUCCAACUCUGACCAGCUGGGA